AUGCUUUUCUCCCGAGCCCUCUUCUUCUCUUCGCUCAUCCUUCUGGUUACUGCCGAGGGGGAUGCUGUCUUUAAAGGUCUCUCCGGACAAGGUCGUUCCAGGACGCCGACGUCCACCAGCAAGCUCAUGUCGCGACGAGACCUCAAUAAGCGCUGUAUAGGAACCUGUGAAGAAUGCUUCGGUGCCGGCUACACACUCUGCCCCGGAAGCGACAUCUUUUGCUAUUUGCCUGGAGAUGCGACCUAUGGCCUGGAUUCCUGCUCUUCCGGCUCCGACGGCUCCGACAGCGGCCUCACGACUGCUACUGCUUCUGCAUCGGCACCGACUUCCACCAGCACCAGCGGCAUCGACGACCUCUGUUACCAGGCGGGGGCGACUUGCGUGUCAUGCUUCGGGUCUGGUUAUCUUGGCUGCCCGGAUGGAUACCAUUGCUACAAUCCAUCGGAUCCUUCGUACGAUACCUGCCCCGACGACGGCUCAAGUUACGGCGGCAGUGACAACAGCACUACUACAACGGCGAGCUGCAGUGAUCUCUAUGGCGAAGGGAAUAUCCCUUGCGGCACAGAUUCGUGCUAUAAUCCCGACGACGGCGAAUCCUGCUGUGCCGGAGGAUACUAUUGUGAAGCAGGGUAUUCAUGUUCAAGCACCCUUGGAAAAUGUUCCUACGGUAGUGGCGGCUCGUUGGGCGGCUCCUCUUCCGAUACCACCACAUCCAACUACAUCUAUGCGACGCCUACCGAUGGCUUGGUCUACAGCACUCCGAGCUCUGUUGCGACGGCUACCACCAGUGACUCUACGACUUUACAGACCGGAGUCAAUCAGCUCUCUGACGCGAGCGACGCCAGCACACUCAUGGCUGCCAAGGGAUUGUUGAUUGCAGCUGGGUUUGGUGCAUUGGUGCUAUAG